AUAUAUACGUGUGGUUUUGUGUUUGAAAACACAUACACACAUGUUCUUCGUUGCUGCUUCGUUGGGUUAAAACACUUUUUUGUUUUUCUUGCUUUUGCAAAAGUCAAAGCUACCAGAAAGAAAAAAAAAAAAAAACAAGCAAAAUGGAGAAUCUACCUCCUGGUUACCGUCCCAAUGUUGGUGUUUGUCUAAUCAACUCGGAUAAUCUGAUAUUUGUAGCUUCGAGAUUGAAUGUUCCUGGAGCAUGGCAGAUGCCACAGGGAGGCAUUGAAGAUGGGGAGGAUCCAAUGUCAGCAGCCAUGAGAGAGUUACAAGAAGAAACUGGGGUUGUUUCAGCUGAAAUCGUCUCUGAGGUCCCAAAUUGGUUGACAUAUGAUUUCCCACCUGCAGUAAAAGCAAAAGUUAACCGACUAUGGGGCGGUGAAUGGCAUGGUCAAGCUCAGAAAUGGUUUUUAGUGAGACUGAGAAACGAUGAGGACGAAAGAGAGAUCAAUCUAGCAAACAACGAAGCGGAUUCAGAGUUUGCGGAGUGGAAAUGGGCGAAACCGGAAGAAGUUGUAGAGCAAGCAGUGGAUUACAAAAGGCCAACCUACGAAGAAGUCAUCAAGACUUUUGGUUCCUUCUUGAACGAUACAGGAAGAGCUGCUAAAUGUAAAUCAGCCAAGUGGUAAUAUAUAUAAGAAACACUAAAAUCAAUGUUUGCCUUUUUAUAAUUUUUGUAAACUGUUGUUUUAUCUUUUUUGGGGGGGGUUCUUUUUAGUAGAACCCUUUUUGGAAUGCAAAAGCUUUCUCUAGGGGUUUCUUUUACUUUUCAUUUUUGUAAAUUGGUUGGUUAUUGGUACAUGGUACUAGAAGGUUUUGGUUUUUUCCUUUUUUAACAUGGGGUCAUUGUAAUAAAAUCUUUGUUUGGAUUCA